UUUCUUCCCAAAAUUUUUCAAUCGGCAACUAGGGUUUUAGAAGGGUUUGCGAAGCUCGUUUCUUCCUCUUCGUUUUCGUACGCACAAUGAGAGGAUUACAGUUGUCAUUGAGCAAAGGGCAGAAACUCAGACUUGAGAGAGCUUUAGAGAAGUUGGAAUCUCUCUCGUCGAAGUCGAAUUCCGACGCCUCCGUCAAAGUCGCCGACGACAUUGCCGUCAACAAUGAAGACGCCAUCCUCAAGGGCCAUGGGACGAUUGAGCUGGACGGUCGCCUGGUGGCGACGCUCUGUGGAGUGGUGGAGCGCGUCAAUAAGCUCGUUUAUGUUCGUUCACUUAGGGCUAGAUACAAGCCUGAGAUUGGCGAUAUCAUCAUCGGCCGUGUUAUUGAGGUUGCACCGAAGCGGUGGAGAUUGGAGAUCAACUUCAGCCAAGAUGCGGUGCUUAUGCUUUCUUCAAUGAACCUACCAGAUGGCAUUCAGAGACGAAGAACUGCAGUUGAUGAACUCAACAUGCGUAGCAUAUUUGAAGAAAACGAUGUUAUCUGCGCCGAAGUUCGUGGUUUCCAGCAUGACGGCUGCCUUCACCUACAAGCAAGAAGCCAAAAGUAUGGAAAGCUGAAGAGGGGUCAACUUCUUACAAUCCCUCCUUAUCUAGUGAAGAAGCGUAAGCAGCAUUUCCACCAUCUAGACCAAUACGGAAUUGACUUAAUACUAGGCUGUAAUGGAUUCGUUUGGGUCGGUGAGCAUGUUGAAGUGAGAGACGAAAUGGUAGAGGAUCUACCAAACAAAUCCGAGCAAGAAAAUGAAGAAGUGGAAGAAACUUAUACGCCACUCGAUACUCGGGAGAAUAUAUGCAGGGCAGCCAAUGCUGUACGAGUGAUGUCGACAUUAGGGUUUAUGAUUACUGUUGAAGUUGUAACGGAAAUUGUUAGUCUGAGUAGGUCUUUGAAUCUCGACACACACGAGAUGCUUGGUGCGGAGUUUUAUGUACUAGUUGCUGAGAAAGAAGCUGAACGAAGAAGCUUGUUGAAGAGAAGGAAAUGAUUUUUUUUUUUUUACAGAAGAUUCGUCUCUGUAAUACAUGCAUGCUUGUACUCCAACAAUUUAAUUUAAAGUAGUGAAUUGUGACCCUUGUGAAAAGACAA